AUGCUCUCCAACAAGAAGGCCGCUCGAAGACGUCGUGAUAUCAAGAAGCGAGGUGUUGACACAACAACAAAUGACGCUGAUCCCUGGGUAGCUGGCCCCGAUACUGGCCCCGAUACUUGGAGAAAUGAGCCAGAUCGAUGUGUAACUCAGUCUAACCCUGAUCUAUGGGUUGACUUGUCAGAAUCUAGCACGUCAACACCUGUGCCCUCGGGGAGCGCGGCCCUUGUCAUGCAGCAUGCACCCAACACAUCAACAAACCUCUUAAGCUCCAUUACAUACCCUUCAGGCCCUGCCAUCAAGCCUGCCUCACUUUCUGCCAGGAAUCAGGUCCUCUUGAACGACUUAAUAUCGAAAUGUCAUCCAGCAAGUGUCCUUCUUGCGCAUCGGUUUACCAUUCCAUGCAACGGAGCAGCAAAAAGGAGGAACACAACAGACAAAUCGAUACCGCUAAGAGAGUUAGACACCCUCCCCAUACCAUCUCGAGCGCACCCAAAGCGAGAGGCCAUCGUUAUGGACUGUGAGAUGGUGUCGCUAUCCGGAGGCCGUAUGGAACUCGCCUUUCUGACCGCUCUCGACUUCCUGACUGGUGAAAUACUUAUCAAUCACUACGUGCAGCCAAGAGGAGAAGUGAUCAGCUGGAAUACCCGAUAUAGCGGUGUGACUCGUCAGGCAAUGAAUGAGGCCAUGCGUACGGGCAAAGGACUUCGGUGGGAAGAGGCUAGAGAUCGGUUGCGCAGCUUCGCCGACUUUGAUACCGUGCUCAUCGGGCACGCCCUCUACAAUGAUCUGAAUGUUCUGCGCUUCAUUCACCUACGCAUUGUCGACUCGUCAAUCCUCACCUGUGACGCAGUGUUUCCAGACCACCCUGUCGGAAAGUCCGUCCCGAGAAUCUGGGGCCUGAAGACCCUGACUAGAGAGCUCCUUGGAUACGGCAUCCAAGGAAGCAAGCUUGGACACUGUGCCCUGGAGGACACGCUGGCGACCCGCGAGCUCGUGAUGUUGUGCCUCGAGGACCCGAAAAAGGUCCAGCAUUGGGGGAUCAAGACCCGGGAGUUGGAGGAGUGGCUCCGGGAAGAAAGAGAGCGCAAGCAGGAGGAGAAAAAGAAGGCGCGAGAAGAAGAGGCGGCGAAGUUGAGGGCGGAGACGGAGGAGAAAGAGAGGAGAGAGCGGGAGUGA